CUUAUAAAAGUUUAAAUCGAUCUGUAGUUGUAUAACAUGUCGAUACAUUGUUAACAUAUGUGUUAUGUUAAAUGAGGUACUGUGGUUAUACAUCAGUAGCGACUGAGGAUAGUCAGUUAGUGCUAUUUUGAUGCUCGAUCGAUCUGUUCAUUACAAAACAGUUAGAUUGCGUUUUAUAUCUGUCUGAUUGACACUUUCUGUUAUUAACCAUUUUAACACAUACGUCAUUUUAUUACGGUGCGAAUUUUGAGGAAAUAGUUUGUAGUAUUGUUUUAAGGAAAAUAUAUUGGUAUUUAGUUUUUUAAAUUAAAAAAAACAUUGGAUUUUACAAUGGCUUUGGAAGAAAUAAAAUCGGAAUUAGGAGGUAAAUGGAAAUUAGACAGAAGUGAGAAUUUCGACGAAUUUCUUAAGGAAUUGGGUUUAAAUAUUGUGUUUAGAAAAUUAGCUGGAGCGGCAACUCCAACAGUGGAAUUUACAGUUGAAGAUGGCAUUAUUAAAAUGAUUUCUAAAGUUAGCUUUUUCAACCAAGUAUUAACAUUUGACCUAGAUAAAGAACAUGUACAAUCGUUUGAGGGAUCUGAAAUGAAUUGUAAAACAAGGUGGGAAGAAAGUAAACUAAUAACGGAAGCAACACCAAUGAACGAGAAACAGAAACCACAGACGUUCCAACGACAGAAACUUAAUGAUGAACUAGUACAGACUAUGUUGGUUGGAGAGGUUAAAUGUAUACGGUAUUUCAAACCAGUUAAUUGAGGCUGAUUCAGAUUAUAUAUGGGUAAGAAUAUGUGAUAUUAUUGAAGACCAGUGAGCUGUUGUUAUUUGUGGUAUGGACACUGCUUCGUCUACAAAAAUAGUAUAUACGUGUACAUAAAGCUAUAUGACUUUAUUGCUGUACAAAUGAUGCCUAAUUUAGCCUUAUUCCACAGAAAUAUUGUAUUUUUGUUUAUACUUGGGACAAAUGUAUGUAUGUCUUGAUAUUUUCACUUCAUACUUAUGAUGUAUUAGAAUAAAUGACCAUUCGAUAAA